AUGGCGUUUUUAGUCACUAGCAUACGCCGCUGCGUUUGCCCAAGAAGCUUCAGCAGUCCUAACAUCGUCCAGACUGCGUCUUAUCAUGCCAACGUCAUUGAUCAUUAUGAGAACCCCCGUAAUGUUGGUUCUUUGGACAAGAAAGAUAAGAGUGUAGGCACAGGACUUGUUGGUGCACCUGCUUGCGGAGAUGUAAUGAAGUUGCAGAUUAAAGUUGAUGAUAAUGGCAAAAUUAUUGAUGCAAAGUUUAAGACCUUUGGAUGUGGUUCCGCUAUUGCCUCCAGCUCCCUAGCUACAGAAUGGGUGAAGGGCAAAACUGUGGAUGAAGCUUUGAAACUGAAGAAUACAGAUAUUGCCAAGGAGCUUUCUUUGCCUCCUGUCAAGCUGCAUUGUUCAAUGCUUGCUGAAGAUGCCAUAAAAGCGGCUCUAUCAGACUACAAGAUUAAACAACAGGUAGAAGAGAAGCAGUAA